UUUUCCGUUCCAUCCGUUUUCUUCCUCCGACCGCUCUUUUACCUUUCCAUCUGACCCACGUGCGGAUUACAGUCGAACCGAAUCUUCUUGGGACAGUUGUCGAAGCUAAUAAGGCGCUUAAACAACACCUCUGAGAAGAUGGGUUCAUCAUUUGAGCAGAUGAGGGCCAAUGUGGGAAAACUAUUACGAGGAAUCGAUAGGUAUAACCCGGAGAACUUGGCUACACUUGAGCGUUACGUUGAAACGCAGGCAAAAGAGAACGCUUACGACCUGGAGGCCAAUCUGGCUGUGCUGAAAUUAUACCAGUUCAACCCUGCCUACUUUCAGACCACUGUGACCUCCCAGAUUCUGCUCAAGGCCCUUACCAAUCUGCCCCACACAGACUUCACACUGUGCAAGUGUAUGAUCGACCAGACACACCAGCAAGAGGAGCGUCCGAUAAGACAGAUCCUGUACCUUGGCAACCUCCUGGAGACGUGUCACUUCCAGUCCUUCUGGUCCAGCCUGGAGGAGAACCGAGAGCUCAUCGAUGGAAUCACCGGCUUCGAGGAUUCCGUACGCAAGUUUAUCUGCCACGUGGUGGGGAUCACCUAUCAGAACAUUGAACAUCGCCUCCUAGCUGAAAUGCUGGGAGACCCCCUAGACACACAGGUGAAGGUGUGGAUGAGCAAGUACGGCUGGACAGAGAGCGAGGACGGACAGAUCUUCAUCUUCAACCAGGAGGAGAGCGUUAAGCCCAAGAACAUCGUGGAGAAGAUCGACUUUGAGAGUGUGUCAAGCAUCAUGGCCACAUCCCAGUGAUAUGCUGUAAUGAACUGGCAUACACAAAUACUCACAAGACAGGAUCUCCAAUCUUUUUACCAUCUGAUCUUAUUUUCUGCAAGGAUACUUUUCACAAUAAACCAUUUAUCUAACAUA